CCCCGGAAGUGGGUCGGGGGCUUGGCCUCUGCCCGGCCUCGGAGCCGGAGCGGUAGGUGUUACGGUAGAGGGGGUCGAGCCGAGAGAUCUUGUCCGGCGGCGGACCCCGGGCAGGGCCCGGGCCAGGGGUCCAGGAUGCUGAACGUCCCUUCCCAGUCUUUCCCGGCCCCCAGCUCACAGCAGCGCGUCGCCUCCGGGGGGCGUAGCAAGGUCCCUCUAAAACAGGGCAGAAGUCUUAUGGAUUGGAUUCGACUCACUAAAAGUGGAAAGGAUCUAACGGGAUUAAAAGGCAGGUUAAUUGAAGUAACUGAAGAAGAACUUAAAAAGCACAACACAAAAGAUGAUUGUUGGAUAUGCAUAAGAGGGUUUGUUUAUAAUGUCACUCCAUAUAUGGAGUAUCAUCCUGGUGGAGAAGAUGAACUAAUGAGAGCGGCAGGAUCGGAUGGUACUGACCUUUUUGAUCAGGUUCAUCGUUGGGUCAAUUAUGAAUCCAUGCUGAAAGAAUGUCUGGUUGGCAGAAUGGCAGUUAAACCUGCUCUUCCUAAAGACUAUCAUGAAGAAAAGAAAGUCUUAAAUGGCAUGCUUCCCAAGAGCCAAGUGGCAGAUACAUUUGCCAAAGAAGGUUGUAGUUCUCCAAGCUAUGACUGGUUCCAGACAGACUCUUCAGUGACUAUUGUAAUAUAUACUAAGCAGAAGGAUAUUAAUCUAGACUCAGUAAUAGUUGAUCAUCAGGAUGAUUCCUUUAGAGCAGAAAUACUUAUCAAGGAUUAUUCAUAUAUUAUACACGUUGAACUAAGCCAUGAAAUUGAAGAAGAUUUUUCUGUGCGGGUUGUUGAGAAUGUGGGAAAAAUAGAAAUUGUCCUAAAGAAAAAAGAGAAUGCUUCUUGGAAACGUCUUGGUCACCCCCUCGAGAAUCAUAAUUCACUUAUUCCAAGGAAAGAUACAGGUUUAUACUACAGAAAGUGCCGGUUAAUUUCCAAGGAAGGCGUUACUCAUGAUACGAAGCUUUUCUGCCUGAUGCUGCCACCAAGCACUCAUCUUCAGGUGCCAGUUGGGCAACAUGUUUACCUCAAGUUAACUAUUACAGGUACUGAAAUUGUGAAGCCAUAUACACCUGUAUCUGAUUCCUUACUCUCAGAGAUCAAGGAACCAGUUCUUCUCAACAAUAAAUACAUCUACUUUUUGAUCAAAAUCUAUCCUGCUGGACUCUUCACACCAGAGCUUGAUCAACUUCAGAUUGCUGGAACAGGCUUCACACCAAUGGUUAAAAUACUGAAUUAUGCUUUGACUAACAUACCCAGUCUCAGGAAAGUGAAGCUGAUGUUCUUCAAUAAAACAGAGGAUGAUAUAAUUUGGAGAAGCCAGUUGGAGAAAUUAGCAUUUAAAGAUAAAAGAUUUGAUGUUGAAUUUGUUCUCUCAGCACCCACUUCUGAAUGGAAUGGCAAAUGGGGACACAUUUCACCAGCUCUUCUUUCUGAAUUUUUGAAAAGAAGUUCCGACAAAUCCAAAGUCCUCAUCUGCAUUUGUGGACCAACCCCAUUUACAGAACAAGGAAUACGGUUGCUGCGUGAUAGGAACUUUUCCAAAGAGGAGAUCCAUAGUUUUACAGCAUAAUGAAGAGCUGUCAUCGUCCUUUAUUCAACUGUUUUGUCUAAAUUUGUGAUUACUUAGUAUUUUUUAAGAGAACAUUUUUGUACAUACUAACUAAAAGGUUAACUAGAAUCCAGGUUUCAGUUUCUUCAAUGAAAUCAAAUGUUCCUUCAGUAGAGGCAACUUGUUGACUUUAUUUUGUACCAUAACUUAUUUUGCUAUUGAUAUUUGACCUGGAAUCGACCAUGGCAACAAGUACAUACAGGUGUCUUUUGUGAUGAGUCACAGACUUCCUUACCAUUUAAAGCGUAUCACUGUACUACAGUAAACUCUGGUGUUUUAUGACAUGAUAAAGUAAAUGAUCAUUUUGAUCACAUUUCUAUGCUGUAAAAUGUCUUAUUAGCAAUACAGAUUAAAUUUUACAUUGCACUGUUAACUCAGGAAAUGAUCAUUUAUGUCCUUGUUAUUAACUAUUAAAACAUGGAAUGUUUUAACUUAUUAAGUGAUCGAAACAUUGUGUGUGUGUGUGUGUG